AUGGACAGCAACCACACUCUUGCAUAUUAUGAAGCUCUUUCGUGUGAUCUAACAGCUCCUGGUCAAGGUGCAAUGCGAAUAGUCCAGCUCUUCUUGAUGCCAGGUAUUUUUUUGGCAGUGUUGGUGCUUGGUGUGCCCCUUAACAUCAUCUCCCUGUGGGUGUUGUCCCGCCGGUUGGCACGGAGUAACCGUAGUACCCUGUUCCUCCAUAACCUAGCACUAGCUGACAUUUCCUGGCUGAUGGCCUUGCCGUUCCUCAUCCAGUUCCACUUGUCUGGGAUGGAAUGGUCACUUGGCGCACCUUUUUGCAAACUUAUCCGAAUGCUCUACCAUAACUACUUCUACCUGAGCAUAUUCUUUGUGACCUGUGUGAGUGUAGACCGCUACCUGGCCAUUGUUCACCCUGUUCAUUCACCUGUUCUCCUUACCCGCCAACGUGCCAUUACGUUAUGCAUUACUGCUUGGGUGUUUGCCAUAGUGAUGAGCAUCCCAGUGGCCCAGCUGACUUACGUCUCAAAUUGUCCGAGUGACAACAAGACCGUGUGCUCGAUGUACAUCUUCAUGGGUACUGUAAAUCAUAACUUGCUGUAUUCCCUCUGCUGUACCUGUGUGGGAUUCCUGAUUCCAUUUACAGUGCUGAGCUACUGUUACAUACGAAGUGUGUGCCAGCUGCGCAGACGGGUUGACCCACGUCUCAGAGGACUGGCCUGUGAGCUUGGUGUAGCCAUGGUCUUGUUUGGACUCUUUUACUUACCAUAUCAUCUGCUUUGUGGGGAAAACACGGAGGGAGCUAUGGUCAACUCUCACCAAGCUGUGGAAGACGCACAGAGUGGAGCCAGAGCAUAA